UGCCAACACAGAGCGUGGUUGGCUGGUUACAAGACAGCUUUAUAACCUGUAACUUUCUGCUUGGUUAAUCAAGUGAAAAAAAUCACGAGAUCAACAGGAUUCAGUACGUCUGUACCGGUCUUAAUGUUUUGGGAGAAUUCGGGGACCCAGCACUGAUGUCCUCGGUAGUACGUCUCAGCCCAGGCCUGGAGGACCUGAGGCCUACGUCUCGGGGAAUCACUAUCAUCCCCAGAAUCAGGAGCGCAUCUCACACACCAAAGGAAGACCUUCAGGGGAACAGUGACCUCAAAUCUGACUCUGUCUCCUCUGUGCAGUCAGUAGCAGAUGAGAAUUUAUCUUUAGCGCACAUUGAAAGCAUGCUCUCACAGAAAGUAAGGAUUAAAAAGGAUGACCUAAAGGCAGCUUUCCGUGGCUUUGACCAGGAGAGGAGGAACACUGUCACCAAGGGGGAAUUUCGUCGCGUCAUUGAAGGCUUCCUUAUGCCACUUACACAGUCUCAGUUUAAUGCUCUGUUGGCAAAGAUUCCAAAGACAGCAAAUGGAGCAAUACCAUAUAUGGAAUUUCUGCGACAAUACUGUAGGGUCUCAUCUGCAUCAAUUAGAAUUCCAUCCGCAGGUAGUCACCGGAGCUGGCCACUGGGAGAGCUACAGUGCCACCUGAAGGACAAGAUUGGAGGCAAUCUUAAGAACAUCUUGAGGGCCUUUUGCCUGUUUGAUUAUAAUCGAGAUGGGCGAAUUCAAAAGCAUGAACUAAGAAGAGUUCUGGAGAGUUACUGCUUUCCUCUGAGCCAGCAGGAGUUUCACAGGCUGUGGUCCCACUACAGUCCAAGUAACUCUCAUACAAUAUCCUACAAGGAGUUUCUUGAGAGGCUUGGUGUAGAUUGUGAGAACUACAGGAAGAUUGCCCCAGACUCUGCUAAACUUGCUUUAAAUUGGGAUGCAGUAAACCAAUCCAAGGGGUAUAGGCCCAAAAGCAGGACAUUGGCUUGGACUGCUUCAGCUGAGCCUGAAGAUUCUGUGGAUGAAAUCUACUCCAAGUUCCUUAAAGAAAUGGGCAUAAACCACACUCUUGUGGAAAAAGCUCUUCAAGCACUUGAUAUCACAGACAGUGGUGUUGUCACUCAUGAUGACCUAAAGUCAGUCCUGAGCAGUUUCCUUUUCCCAAUCAGUGACAGCACUUUUCUGAGUCUCUUGAGCAGGUUUGGGCUGAACCCCACAGAACCUGUGGAGUGGAGAAUGUUCAUUGAUCUGUUCAGAGAAAAGGAACAGAUGCUAAGUGUUGGAAAAGACCCAGAUCCUUCUACGCCUGACUUUUCCAGUAUUGAAGAAGUCUUACCAAGGUUACAAGAGCAGAUACUUAAGGUUUUUCCUCUUCUGAAGAAAGGUUUCCUGGUAUUUGAUGAGAACAGAAUAGGAGUGGUCAGCAAAGCUGAUAUGCGGCGAGUUCUCGAGGGUUUGACCUUCAGGCUGACGGAUGAGCAGUUCAGAGGGCUGAUAGAUCUCAUAUAUGUAGGAAACUCAGGAACUAUCUGCUACCAGCCCUUGUUGGACUUUUUCCAGCAGCAAAAAACAUCUGUGGAUGAGAAGCAGUAUAGCAAGUUUACAGACCAGACAUACACCCAGUCUCAGCCUUCUACUGCACCUCCAACAGCCACUGCUGCCUGGAAUACAGUGGAGGGGAUUCUUAAAGAGAAGCUGAAUGAGCAACAUGACUUGUUUCUGCAGUCUCUAAGCCAGACAGACCCAACUCAGAGCUGCAAAAUCCCUAUUGAAGCCAUGAGGACACUGCUCCAGCAGUAUGGGUUACCUCUAUCUGACAGACACUUCAAUAAUCUCUGUGAACCAUUCACUGAAUCUGGAGAAGUGAACUACAAAUUGUUGCUGGUCAGCCUUGGCAUCUCCAUGAAGAGAGACACCAUAAAGUGUGCUAACAAGAGUCCUAGCCCAAGAGAGAGAAAUGAGAGUGUUUGUGGAGCUCAUGCAGAGACCAUGAGAAGACAAGCUGUGGUAAAUGUUGUUCUGAGGAAGCUCAGAGACAGGCUGCAGGUGCGUGGGGUCACUCUUGAGCACUGUCUAAAGGCCAAUGGCAGAAGUUCCGCAGCAAUACUUAGCUUGCAAGACUUUCAGAAGAUUCUGGACGAGUGUAGAAUUUCCCUGCAGGAAUCUCAGUUUCAGACCCUCAUCCAGGCUCUUGGUUUCUAUGAUGGACAGGUCUCUUUUACUGAGUUUGUAGCCAAAUAUGAAGAGUCCAUAUCAAAAGACAAUAAUGAAGAGGAAAGAAGAAUACUGAACUAUAUUGAAGCCAACAGCUUUAUGUCUGCUGAGGACUGUUUCAGUCAGCUUGAGAAGAGGAUAAAAGAAUGUCAUGGGGAUGUUUUAACAGCGUUUCGUCUGAUGGACAAGAACAGAGAUGGGCUGGUGAAUCAGACUGACUUCCGAGUUCUGCUUGACAGCUUGAUGUUUGUCACUAAGGAAAAGGAGUACCAGAGGGUGUUGGAGCUGAUGGGAUUUAAGCCUGGCUCCAAUCUUAACUACACUGAGUUCCUCCACAAGAUCCGGUCUAAUGAGAAAAACAAAAUACAGCCCAUCGCUAAUAUGACAGAUGAUCAGUUGCAGGAGCAUGCAUGUGACCAGGUUCAUGCCUAUUUGGUGGACAGUGCAAGCACUGGAUGGUCAGAGUUUUCAAAGGCAUUCAACCAGUAUGGUGAGGCUGGUGAAACCAUAAUCACCAAAAAUGAUCUAAAGAAUAUUCUUUACAAAUACUCCUUACCCAUCACUCCAAGAGUGUUUGAGAAAAUAUGGACAAGAUAUGACAAUGAUGGAAAAGGACACAUCACUGUGACAGAGUUCCUGGAUAAGCUGAAUAUUACACCACAAGAGUUUACAAAGCAACAUGAUGAUCCACCGGACUCCAACCAGACCUUGAACACAUCUUGCAUGACCCCUCUGAUGGACACCACUCUGCACAAGCUACAGGACUGGUUAAAACUUAGCUUUGAGGAUGUGUGCAGAAGUCUGGUGGCAGCAGACAAGAAGCAUGAUGGUCAUGUUACUGUGUCAGACCUGCUGUCUCUGUUACGAAAACAUGGCUUUCGGAUAGAAGAGUGUCAGUUAUUGCACCUAAUCAACAGCAUUGGAGUCGAUGUCUGUAACAGUAAGCUGUCUUACCUUGACUUUCUGAAGUGUCUUACUGGUCCUGUGGUCAGUAGCAGGCCUGAAGUAUCGUCUCAGGUCAGUCAAAAUCUGAAAGUCAGGUCUACUACAGCUGGAGAGGAUGUAGAAGAGCUCAGCCCUGAGAGAGCUUUACAGAGAGUCAGAGAACUGGUCACCACCUCCUCACUUACUCUCUCCAAGGCUUUUAAAGCAUUUGAUAAGUCUGAAGAUGGCAAACUAUCACAGUCCGAGUUUCGGCGGGUGCUCGACCACUUCUGCGUCAGGCUCUCUGAUGUGCAGUUCAGGAAGCUUCUUUCUAAGCUGUCAAUCAAAGAUGGAGAAGAAACCACGGUGGUCUGGAAGGAGUUUAUGAAUACUUUUGACCUUUGCAAUCAAGAGACAUCAAAAGAAUGGCUGGAGAAAGUCCAAAGGUUACGCUUCCCUAACCAGGCCAAUCCUGUGCCAAUCAGCGAUAUUUUGAAACGGAUCCAAGAUGUAGUCUCUGGCCACCUUUACACCAUCACCAAGGAGAUGAUGGAUCUAGAUUAUGCUAGCAUUAAUACCAUUUCAAAAGAGCACUUUAAGGUCUUCUGUGACCACCACUUCAUGAGACUCUCUGCUGAUCAGUUUGAAAAGCUAUGGAAAUUGUUGCCGGUCAAUGCCUAUGACAACCUAAAUUACCGUGAGUUUCUGAAGAAGUUCAGCGGAGAACUAAUAGAACAGGCAAAGCCUGCAGCACCACCUACUCCUGAACAUUUAGGCCUAUCAGAAAGCUCACCUGCUGUUCUCCUGCAACGACCCAAAACUGCAUCCUGCAUCCCUGAACGGAGCAAGUCGUUAAGCCCAGAGCAGCUCAAGCGUCCCUCCACUGUAUGUGGGAGGCUUUCUGUGGUCCUGUCAUCAGACAUAGCUGCUGUAGAGCGGAGGCUACGCUUCAAGAUCCGCAUCUGCUGGAGGGAGAUCCAAAGGAGGUGCAAGGAGGCCGACACGCAGAGAACCGGAGGGAUUGAAAUAGAGGCUUUCUUAGAUAUACUGAGGGACCUCCACAUUGACGUAACCCAGUCCCAGUUUGAGCAGCUGUCUGAGAAGUAUAACAUGAAAAACAAAGGCCGUCUCUCCUACCCAGAAUUCCUGCAGAACUUUGUGCUUAUGCUUAAACCUAACGCCCCCACCUUCACAGAGAGACGCAGGCUACACCUGCCCAAAACUCCGAUGAGUGCAGGGCCUCUCAGUAGGCAGUGUACGGAUGCCUUGCUCAGAUUGUGUUCUCCAAUCCAGCUACGCUGGAAGUCCAUCAAGCGAGCGUUUGUGUUUUAUGACAAAGAGCGCACAGGAAAGAUUCCUCUCCAGGAAUUCAGAAAGGUUUUGAGACAGCACAAUGUAAAUCUCUCAGAGGAAGACUUCUUUCAUCUUGCAUCUUUUUUUGACAAAAACAUCUCAGGAAAUAUUUCGUACAAUGAAUUUCUAUGCAUUUUUCAAAAAUGAGGAGCAUAACUUUACCUCUCUCUUCUUUAAAGUGUGGCACACAGAUUUGUACCGAUUGCCUUAAUUCUUUAGAAAUGGGAAUAUAUAUUUUAAAUUACUUAUUUUGUAAGAGCUAAUUAACUAGUAAGAAAUGUUAUUAAGAACAGCCUGCUUGAAAGAGAGUCUUCCUUAAAGGACUUAUCUUAAACUGAUAAUGAUAAAGACCAAACAGAGGGCAUUACCACAGCACUUAGUCAUGCAGGUUCAAUAAAACGCAGAGACAUCUUAAAGGUUUUUUUUUUUAAAGAAAUUCUAUGAUAUAGUUUUGACGUAGAUAGAUGAAUAUUAACUCAUGAUGUAAUACAACAAUAAUAUAAACUGUAGAAUAUGUUUUGAAUAUUUAUUGAACAUAUAUAUUGAAUAUUCAUGUCAGGUCCAAAGUCCCAGUUAUGGCUCUAUUGCAUAAUAGUUAUUUGUAAGAAUUGUCAGUGACACUGACCUUCUACCUCUUUGUAGAUGUUUAUUUCCCCAAAGCCUCUCCAAUUCAGGAGUUUGGACUCAGUGCAGGACAUGAGAAACAUGUUUACCUCAAAUAAAGAGUGGAACAUUU